UUGGCUGCGGGGAGCAGGCGGCUCUGCCGGCAGCGGUUACCCGGGUUUCCGGUGCGCGGCUACCGGGGGCGAAGCCGUGAGGACGUCGGCUGUGGGGUCCGUCCCGUGGCGGCUGGAGGGAGGAGGCGAUCAGAGGGCCCGUAGGCCUGAGCGCUUUCGGAUCGGCUCCUCGCCUCGCACUGCAACCACAAUGAAGAACCAAGACAAAAAGAACGGGGCUGCCAAGCAAUCAGGCCACACUUCCAACCCAAAAAGCAACCCGGGGCAAGUGGAAGCCGGACCAGCCGGAGCCCAGGGGCUGCCCAGCCGGGCGGCCUCCGCGGCACAAGCCGAAGGUUCCGCCCGCCAGACUCCCGGGAAGACGGAGGGAGCACAGGCCAAAGGCUCUCGGCCUGGGGCCCUCCGUGAUGUCUCAGAGGAGCUGAGCCGCCAGUUGGAAGACAUCCUGAGUACAUACUGUGUGGACAACAAUCAGGGGGGCCCAGGUGAGGAUGGUGCCCAGGGUGAGCCUGUGGAACCUGACGAUGCAGAGAAGUCCCGGACCUAUGCCUCGAGGAAUGGGGAGCCUGAGCCAGAGAUCCCAGUAGUCAAUGGUGAGAAGACCUCUAAGGGGGAGCCAGGCACAGACGAGAUCCGGGCAAGUGAUGAGAUGGGAGACCGAGACCACCGAAGGCCACAAGAGAAGAAGAAAGCCAAGGGUCUGGGAAAGGAGAUCACAUUACUGAUGCAGACAUUGAACACACUGAGUACCCCAGAGGAGAAGCUGGCAGCUCUGUGCAAGAAGUAUGCUGAACUGCUGGAGGAACAUCGGAACUCCCAGAAGCAGAUGAAGCUCCUGCAGAAGAAGCAGAGCCAGCUGGUGCAGGAGAAGGACCACCUGCGCGGUGAGCACAGCAAGGCCAUCCUGGCCCGCAGCAAGCUCGAGAGCCUGUGCCGCGAGCUGCAGCGCCACAACCGUUCCCUCAAGGAAGAAGGCGUGCAGCGGGCCCGGGAAGAGGAGGAGAAACGCAAGGAGGUGACCUCGCACUUCCAGGUGACGCUGAAUGACAUUCAGCUACAGAUGGAACAGCACAAUGAGCGCAAUUCCAAGCUGCGCCAGGAGAACAUGGAGCUGGCUGAGAGGCUGAAGAAGCUGAUUGAGCAGUAUGAGCUGCGAGAGGAGCAUAUCGACAAAGUCUUCAAACACAAGGACCUGCAGCAGCAGCUGGUGGACGCCAAGCUCCAGCAGGCCCAGGAGAUGCUGAAGGAGGCAGAGGAGAGGCACCAGCGGGAGAAGGAUUUUCUCCUCAAAGAGGCAGUGGAGUCCCAGAGGAUGUGUGAGCUGAUGAAGCAGCAGGAGACCCACCUGAAGCAGCAGCUUGCCCUAUACACGGAGAAGUUCGAGGAGUUCCAGAACACUCUUUCCAAAAGCAGUGAGGUGUUCACCACAUUCAAACAGGAGAUGGAAAAGAUGACUAAGAAGAUCAAGAAGCUGGAGAAAGAAACCACCAUGUACCGGUCCCGGUGGGAAAGCAGCAACAAGGCCCUGCUGGAGAUGGCUGAAGAGAAAACCCUCCGGGACAAAGAGCUUGAGGGCCUGCAGGUGAAAAUCCAGCGGCUGGAGAAGCUGUGCCGGGCGCUGCAGACAGAGCGCAACGAUCUGAACAAGAGGGUACAGGACCUGAGUGCUGGUGGCCAGAGCCCCCUCACUGACAGCGGCCCUGAGCAAAGGCCAGAGGCUGCCACUGCCUCCAAAGAGCAGGGUGGCGAGGGGUCCGGGGUCCAAGCACCUAGCUCUACAGGAGCCACAGAAGCUCCCUGCUGCCCCGGAGCACCAAGCACAGAAGCGUCAGGCCAAACAGGGUCCCAGGAGCCCACCUCCACCACCGCCUAGGGAGCCUGGCACUAGGGGCAUGCUGGGAAGGGAGCAAGCAGCCCAGCCAGGCCUGGCUCAUGCAAGGCUCCCACUGCUAAGUAGUCCAGUGCUGAGGCCCAGGGUGCUCUGACCUGGCUGGCAUAUGACACUGCAGUUUGAAUUUCAUGGGUCAGCUUCACGUACAUAUGACAUGUGCAAGGCCUCAUACAUUUAUUUCUCUAAGUGUAAAAUAGGCUUGCACUGGAUGCAGAGCGGGUGUGUACAGAUGAAGGCAGUGGCUCUUCUGUGAGCUGAAGAGUCGAAGCGGAGUCGUCAUCUGUAGCCUCCUUCAGUGACCUGGCAGGACAGUGACUUGAACAUUUCUCUGCCUGACAUGAGGCUUAGACCCCUCCCCUCCCUGCCCUUCAGGGAUCAUGACAAGUGACACACCCAGGCCUGACUGCGUUUCUCUUGUUGGCAGGGCUUUGGCAGCUCUGGCUCUCCUAGCUCCUCUGGACGCUUCUUUGCUUUUCUUAACCAGGAAAGGGGUCCCCAGACAGAGCCUUGGCAGGGCACUCAGAGCUGGUGAUCAAACCACUUUCCUGCCUCAGACAAGGAACCUGAAGAAUGUUCUGUGUAGGAUGAUGUGCUGGUAGGGAGCCCUUUCGGCACUGCUUCCCCUGCCCUGCGGUAGUGCCAGGACCAGGCCAGUGAUGCUUCUCAGUAGCCUUAUCAUUCACAGGUGCCUCUCUAGCCUGCACAAAUGAUUGAUGGGAUCACCCAAAGGAUUCUUUCGGAAGGUUUUUUUUGUUUUUGUUGCACGUGACAGUGUUUGUAUGGAGGGUCUUCUGAGGAGGGAGGAGGAAUACUCCAGAGGUGGUGCCUGGGUUCCUGGCUUCCAGUGCCUCACCCCCCUCUCCACCCCACCCAGCACUUCUGUCAUGUGGUGCUUAGGUUCCUGUUUGAUGAGAUCAGAUUGUGGGAGAAAGGAAAGGAGUUUGAAUCCUAUGGGUUUCAAUCCUGGAAGGCCACCACCAAUGCCAUCACCACUGCCUCCAUGUAGCAGUCGCUAGGCCCCAGGAGCAGCUGUUCCCGGUGGCUUUAUGGGUCUGUUUCUGCUUCCUGCCCCCAUCCCCACUGUGCAGUCCUUGAGAUUUGCUCUGGUUCCAUUGUCCAAGGAGUAAGAGCUGAGUGUCCUCGAUAUCCUACUUCUUCCUGUGUGGGGGCCCCAGCUCUUGUCUGGCAAUUGAUGGAUAAGAAUGAGAAUUGACUAACCCCCAGAAAUCCACAAAGUGGCUGCAGAUACUCCCAUAAUCCCCUCCCCUUACAUGUUCCUCUAUAAAGUUCCGCUGGUUGCCAACUUGCCUAAGGUAUUAGGCCACCGUAAUACAGAGCAAUUUUCUGGAACAACAGAUGAGCCUUGGAUCAGGAAGCAGAGCUCUGCUGGGCUUGGGGACUGUCCCCUCUCCAGCGGGGCCUGGGCUUCUGUAGCUGAGGGAGCCACGGACCAAGGUGGGUGAAAUGGCUGAGCUGAUGCUGUAUUUUCUUAAAGCUAAUUCAUUAUCAUAUAGGUUCUUUCAUCUUGCACAACUAGCCCAUGCUUUCAGCCCUUAAAUCCCUCUUAUAAAAUAGGUUCAUGAAGAGUAUUAAGUACUCCUUGUUCUGGCUUUGACCAGAGAUGGCAAGUGAAAGGUACACCAUUCCUCUGCUCCAUAGUAGGUACCACUAGUCUCUGUUCAGAGUUUUUCCUGCUCAUUCUUGGUAUUUCAUUUCUUGAAGUUCCCUCAGCAGCCAGUGCUGAGACCUGUUUGCCAUCCCUGGCUGAGAUAUUGCUCUCCUGUGGAGAAGUGUCUUCCCCUCUGAAAUGGGUGUGUCUAGAUUGGUCCCUGAACAUGCCUCUUCCUGUUCCAGUAAGGCUCCCUCACUCAUGCCGGGUUGAGGUACUCAAAAACUGCCCCAUACAGGGUUUGCUGGGCUGUGGAAGCAUUGGGAGGGGGCAGAAGCUUUUGCCCACCUCUUUAAAGAUCAGGUAGACCUGCAAUAGCCCACAUGAUUGCCUGCCUCACUUCACCUACCUCUUAAGGCCCAUGGGGUUAGCGGGGAGGGAGCCCAGUGUGAUGGGGUGGGAACUCAGCACAACAGCUCUCUGAAACCAAGUGGAGCUACAGGGAGCAAGGUGGCCUCAGCUGGGCUUCCGGGUCAGAAAUAAUAGGCCCUGGGCAGGGUGGAACCGUUGCUCUCAGCUCUGGGCAUCCUGGCCAGGCUGUAGGUAGGGAUCCCAUUCCUCUAACUCCAUUGACCAAAUCGUAAUCACUACAGCUGUUCUGCUUGCUCCGCUUUCCAAAGUCAGCCCAGGUACCUGGGUGCUGCCAGCCAGGAGCCUGGGCCAGAUGCAGGGGAUGUGGCCUCUCUGAAGGCCAGUGCCUUCCUCUCUAGGGCAGGUCCCAUGCACAUGACCUCAGUUCUAGGACCAAGAGCUGUGUUGGUUUCUUGGACUGCUAGCUUUUCCUCCAGGGGACCACAGCAGGCGAGGCUCACAGCCCAGAGCCCUUGGCUCUGCUGACAGUAGUUGUGUUCAGACCUUGUCCAGCUGAGAGCGUCAUGUACACCAGAUUCUAAGAGGUGUCAACAGCACUUUCUUGUUUGUUUUCCAUGAGGUUUUUGGACCAUGGGCUGAGCUCAGGCACUUUUUUCUGUAAGAGAAUGUUAUGUCUGUAAAGAUGGUUAUUUUCCCUCCUCUACCCCAACUGUGGUUGCCCUGGUGUCUAGGGGAGGGCCAAGGCCUGCUGAGCUGAUUCUCCAGCUGCCCCAGCCCUCCCACCUUGCACAGCACAGAAGGUCACCCCAGGGACAGCCAGGUACCCACCUCCUGGGGGAGGGGUGCUGCCGUCUGUCUCUAACUGCUUCCCUUAUGGCCCACCUUGGCCUCCCAGAUUUGUUUGAAGCUGUGCUGACAGGUUUUUUUUGUUGGUUUUUUUUUGUCUCAUUUUGGUAUUCACAACAGCCAGGGACUUGAUUUUGAUGUAUUUUAAACCCUAUUAAAUAAAGAGUCUGUUGCCUUAU